UUGUUCAUUUUUAUGUUUGAUUGUUGACUUGAUUUUUGAUUAACCGCAGACUUGAAGGAUGGUUAAUCUGAUUGUCUCUUUUAUUGAUUGAUUAUUUUAAAAGGGGGUUCCUCGUAAAUUAUUUACUCCCUUUGUUUCCAGUCCAAAAGUGUGUCAAUUUGUUGAUUGUUGAUCAACUAUGUUCAAAGGAAAAGGUUGGUUCACUUCUUGGGCUAAUAGUAAGCCUAAGAAUCCACAUUCAAUUGAUCAUCUCAAGUAUCUCUACAAUGUUAUGGCGAAGAAUCAAAUUGUCACGGAAGCAAAUAAAACUCUUCUAGUUGAAACAUUGAGAAGUAUUUCCGAGAUAUUAAUUUGGGGUGAUCAGAAUGAUUCAACGGUUUUCGAUUUUUUCUUGGAAAAGAACAUGUUAUCAUUUUUUCUCGAUAUUAUGGCCCAAAAAUGUGGAAGUUACGUUUGUGUCCAAUUACUACAAACUUUAAAUAUUCUCUUCGAGAAUAUAAGAAAUGAAACAUCAAUUUAUUAUCUCUUGUCAAACAAUCAUGUAAAUUCAAUCAUUGUUCAUAAAUUUGAUUUCUCCGAUGAAGAAGUGAUGGCCUAUUAUAUUUCUUUUCUCAAAACUCUCUCAUUGAAAUUGAAUACACAUACAAUUCAUUUCUUCUUUAAUGAGAAUACAAAUGAUUUUCCUCUCUACACCGAGGCUAUCAAGUUUUUCCAUCAUCCAGAAAAAAUGGUUCGAAUUGCUGUUCGUACAUUAACUCUCAAUGUCUUUAAAGUUAAAGAGAAAUCAAUGUUAAAAUUUGUCACCGAUCGGACGGCAGCUCCAUAUUUCUCAAAUUUAGUUUGGUUCAUUGGUAAUCAUGUUCUAGAAAUAAAUUCAUGUCUUCGUAAACAAAUCAAAGAUCACCAGAUGCUCAUUAGACUUGACGAUCUCGUUGCUGAACAUUUGGAUCAUCUUCAUUACCUGAACGAUAUUUUACUUCUUCGUAUCGACGAUUUAAAUGAGAUAUUAACUGAUCACCUUUUAAACCGCUUACUGAUUCCAUUGUAUAUUUACUCUCUAAUCACGCCGACUACUCAAGAUGAAUCAUCUAAUCGUCCAAGAAUAUCUCAAAUUGUGUCUCUCUUCCUUGUCUCUCAAGUCUUCCUAAUAAUCUCAUACGAUUCAUUGGUACAAAAACUUGUAAGAAUCAUUGUAAAUGGGAAAAUGUCAAUAUUUGAGAAGCCAGAAUUUUCUGCACCUCCAGAGACUCUUGAAGAGUCUCUUGUUCAAGCAAUACGAUUACCUUGUGAUACCUUUAAUAGCAGUCAAAUUGAUUCUGGAGGAACCAUUGAUGAAGAAAUUUAUUUUAAUCUACCUACUUCAAAAAACUCAACCUCUUCAAUUGAUGGAGGUGAUCACGAGAUGACUGUUGCUCCCACCACAGGUAAAACAGCUGAUGAUGAAACGAAACAAGAUGACGAUGAACCCAUGAUAAAUUCAAAUUCAGACUCAAUGGUCAAUGAAACUUCAAUGACCGAUGAAGAAAAAGCUGCUGUCGUAAUGGUCAGGAAAAAAUCCGGAUGUAAAGUGGACAGACCUUUUCUAUUUGCCCUCCUCAACUCAUUAGAUUGUAGUAAUCAGUCUGAUGAUCAUUCUGCCAUUUUCUCACUUUGUUUAAUUUACGCAAUGGUUCAUAAUUCAGGUGUAAAUAAAUCUCAACUCCAUGAUUUAAUCAUCCCUAAUCCAAAAUCAUCUCAAGUGUUUGAUGACAAUUUAGCAAGUACCACUCUUGUCAGCUCUCUAAUUGAGAUAAUCCAUAUUUGUUGCCAAUACAAUAGUCGAAUAAGAUUAAUCACUCUGGAAAUGUGUAUAAUUUUGCUCAAGAGGUUAAUUAUGGUUGAUGGAGAAAGUAUUCUGCCUGACCAGCAAUUAGCCUCCAUCGAACAAUCAAAGGAAGAAGCUGCUUUGGUAUUGAGAAAUUUUUUCAAAAGCGAAGAGGAAGAUCUUUUUCUCGAUAUGUUCGAAGAUGAAAACCAAGAGAUGAUUAAGCGAACCUUAAAUGUUGAAUAUCUCAUGAUGGAUGCCAACCUUUUACUCCCUCCUAGUCAAUUGACCCCACUUUUAAUGGAUGGACUUGAACUGACCCGUCGAUUGCCUUGUGCUGAUGUUGAAAGAACUCGUUAUGCAAUAAGAGUUUUUCUCUCACUUCGAAAGUUUUCAAAUUUUCUAAGAAAAGUUGAAACUCCGCCGAUUUUUCCUUAUCCUGAUAAUCUUGUGACUGUUGAUCAAUCGUUAGAUUUGAAUCACGGGGAUUUAAUUGGUUGUACAGUUAUAACGAAAGAUCAACCAAAAGUGCGACGCUUCAUGGUUAUCGAUUCACAUCAAUUAAUUUUAGCUGAGCCCGAUGUUAAAUUGAUUGGCUGGGGUAUUGCUAAAUUAGUUGCCUUCCUCCAGAAUGUUGAAAUUAAUCCAGAUAAAGAUGAUUCACGUUCAUUGUUGAUUAACAUUCGCCAAUCAAACGGACAAAGUAAAAAAGUUGUAAUGACGGCCAGAUUUGUCUUCGAUGAUCAUAUUCGUUGUAUGGCUGCUGAAAGAAGAUUGACCAAAGGAAAAUUAAAAGCUCAGCAACGAUCAAUGAUACAAAUUGCCAAACUAAUUGAUCUACAACCGAUUACUGACCUGUCGUUGAGAAAAAAAUCUUCCCUCACAAAGAAAGGUGAUUUCCCUCGAAGUCAAUCCCAAAGUGAAAAUAUCUCAAGUAAAAAGCAUUUGUCCCAUGGAUCUGGUCGUAAUCAUCGAGCUGUAACUCGUAGUUCAGCGGUUCCCGGUUUCGCGGUUUCAUCCGAUAAAAUUAAACCAGAUUCUGGUAAUAAAGCUUCCGGUUCUUUUCAUCACUCUCACAAGUCUCAGGUCACAAAACGGCGAUCAGGAUCACAAAGUAAUCCAAAUGCUCCCUCGUCAACCUCUAAUCCCGCUCAAGAAGUACAAAGUAGAGAAUCUUCGCCAAAACCAAAUUCGAGUCUCGAAUCGAGUGAAGAAAUGAUUCCCUUAGAUGAUUUGGGCUCAAAACCAAAUCGUCGACCUUCCCGAUCGACGAUUGAAUUGGAAGAGCGACUUGGAAAUGUGACCUCACUAACAAAUGCCCACGAUCCAUGAAAUGAGUUGUUUAUUUAAAUUCGCAAUCAGCUGAUAUAGUAUUCAUUUUAAAAGUUGUUGGAACCAAGUUUAAACAAAUGGAACUUUGUAUAUUGUGAUCUAAUUGUUGAUAGAAAUUAACUUUAAUCAACUUGAUCGUGUCAAAGGAAAUCAAAUCAUCGAUAUUUAAACUUUAACAUUAGGUGAUAUUUGAUUUUGUUUUCUGAAGAUCUGUGAUAAAAUCAAAUUAACAAUCUCGAUCAACACCAAACCGCUGUCAUCAAUUUGAAUCUACUACUUCAAUAAUUAAUCUUGAGAAGUUAAUUAGUUUUGAUUUUAAUCCACUCGACUAAAUUACUCUAUUAGCCGAUUACAAUUGCGAUGGUUAAAAUAGUCACCUAGAUGAUUAACGAGUGAGAGAAAUUAAUGAUUAAGUAGAUGCAAUUUAUCAAAGAAAAAGAUUAUAUAUUAUUAUUAAUACAAUUGUAAAAAAGAAACUAAAUCAACUAAUUGUAAAUUACUUAGAAAAUGAUUUAUUGUAAAAUAUUAAAUUUAAUUCAAAUAAUAAAACAUUUGAUGGUGAAUCCAAUUAA